AUGAGUUUUGGCUGCCCAGGUGAAAAGAAGAUUGAAGUAGAAGUGCAUAUACCUUCUGCCAGUGCCGUGCACACCCUCCAGAAGUUACCACGAGACAAACGGAACCAGACCAUGCGGAAAAGAUGCGUUAUUGGAGCGUACUACUGCGUCCAAGAGCAGCCGACAGAGGGCGCUUUGGAAGGAAGGCUCCGGCAGCGAACAAUCUACAUCCGUGACGUCACGGAAGGGUAUGGUGCAAGUGAAUGGAUGAUACAGUUUGCAAAAGAAGACGUAGACUCACGACGCGAGUUUGUCCAAACCAAAGGCUUGUGUUUCAAUUGUUUAGGUGGAUUCCAUUCAGCAAAGGUAUGCCAAAAUCCUACCCCAUGUCGAGUCUGUAAACGUCGCCACCACUCAUUACUUCAUCCCAAGAAUGGUCCUGGUACCAGUGUUUCUUCCGACGAGGUAACAGAAAGUACAACUAAUGUUGGUACAGUGGAGGAGAGCACUGAAGAGUUAACUGAAUUAUCUGACUCUGAGAUAACCAACAUCACAGCUUGUUUCUCUUCGGGGGAUGAUGGUCAGGUAUUGUUACCCACUGCAGUUGUGGGAGCUCAGUCGAAGAAUAAUGAGUACUAUCCUGUUCGAGUAAUGAUAGAUCCUUGUUCUCAAGCUUCAUUUAUUACGGAGGCAGCUGUUCAAUAUCUGGGAUUGAAACGUAUACCAAUACGCAGUAAUAUUUUUGGUCUGGGGGGAGAAAAGAAUGCAACUCCAAAGUGGAGAGUAAUACUUAACUUACAAUCGUUAGUACACCCUGAAGAAAGGCUUUCAGUAAAGGCAUAUGUACUGAACAAAAUUACCACCAUAAUGCCAGCAAAGAAAGUAGUAAACUUGGGCUCUAUAGACGUCACUGGAUUACAAUUGGCUGAUCCAAAUUAUCACACACCUAACAAGAUUGAUGUCUUAUUAAGCGCUGUGGUUUAUAGCCAGAUUGUUGCAGGUGAGGUAAAGAAAAAUAAAGAAAAAACACUGGUAGCCCAAGCCACUUCGUUGGGUUGGAUUAUAGCAGGAGAAACUGGAUGCAACCAAAAUGCAUCCAACGUAUCUGUGUUUCACACUUACCUGGUUGAAGAUGAUCUUCUGAAGAGAUUCUGGGAAUUAGAGUCUGACGUUUCUAUGGUUAAAAGUCGUUUAUGGACUGAAGAAGAGAAAAAGUGCGAACAAAUAUUUGCAGAUUCAACUACUAGAGACGACACGGGAAGGUAUAUUGUAAGACUUCCGUUUGAUGAUGAUGACCCUAGCUGCAAAUAUGGCCAUUCAAGAGAUGUGGCAGAAAACAGAUUUUAUGCUCUAGAGAGGAGAUUAAACAAAAACCCUGAACUGUGCUCCCAAUAUAAAAAUGUGAUCGAUGAAUAUUUACAAUUAGGACAUAUGGAAAAAGUACCUGAAAAAGAGAAAUAUAAAAUAGACGCCGUAUACUUGCCCCACCACGCAGUUGUUAAAAAGGAGAGGGAAACUACCAAGGUGAGGGUGGUCUUCGACGCGUCCUGCAAAGGUAAGAAUGGAGUGUCUUUAAAUGAUAACCUUUUGAUUGGACCGAAACUACAGCCAGAUUUACGACAUUUAGUGUUGCGUUGGAGAUUAUAUCCCAUGUCUCUAGUAGCUGAUAUUGUGAAGAUGUAUAGACAGGUCAAGGUCAAAGAAGAAGAUGCAGACUUUCAAAGGUUAUUAUGGAGAGAUAGUCCUGAUUCAGUGCUACAAGAUUAUCGACUACUAAGAGUAACUUUUGGCACUGCUAGUGCACCAUAUUUAGCGGUCAAGGCUUUGCAACAAACAGCUCUAGAUGAAGGAGAAAAUUAUCCUUUAGCCACUGAAAGAGUAAGUAAAGAGUUCUAUAUGGAUGACCUUAUGACAGGUUGCGAAACUGAAGAAGAAGGGAUUCAAAUUUAUAGAGAGAUGAACGAAUUACUGGGAAAGGCUGGAUUUAUUUUACAGAAAUGGACUACUAGCAACAACAACUUAUUGGAGAUGAUUAAAAAGGAGAAAAACGAAGUAGGAAGUGGAAUAGAAAUAAAGCAAGACGAAAUAAUCAAAAUUUUAGGACUUACCUGGAAUCGAGAGAGUGAUGAAUUUCACUAUGCAGUUUCACUUCCACCCAUGAAAUUACCGGGUGCCUCCAGGGAACUUAAUUUAUUGUUACAAGCGGAGAACAGGAACAUGUUUGCAGAAAUUGCAGAAGCUUUAGCAACCCAAGGCACCAUUUGGCAUUUUAUUCCACCACAUGCUCCCAAUUUCGGCGGUCUGUGGGAAGCAGGCAUCAAAUCAGCGAAGUACCACCUAAAAAGAGUUAUAGGUGAAUCUACGUUGACGUAUGAAGAAAUGGCUACGAUGCUGGCUUAA